AUGAGCAGAGCGGGCUGCAGCUUCAGUUCCCCGCUCCCGGCGCUUCUCCACACGCGCCUCGAGGGUCUGCUGUGUCUACAGAAGAACGCUGAGCGCGGUGUGGCCGGAGAUGCGGCGACGACCAUCACCACGUCUGCCACAGCGCAGUACGAAUUUUACUUCACGCCGCCGAGCAUCGCAGGGGCCACGGGUUUCACGCUGAGCUUCGUCGGGCAACUGGAUGGUGCGGAUUGGACUGUCGACAUCUUCGAUUUCAGCACCGAUGUCAACACCUGGGUCACGGCGGGCACCCUAACAGGGAUGACUACUGCUGGGUGGGGGGACGUCGACAUCGACUUCCCCACCACGACACCUGCCAACUUUGUCGCGGAUACGUCGGUAGUACUGGUGGGGUACCUCGACUACGUUGCGGUGAACGCCGUCGGAAGCGCACCAACGCCGACGCCCACGGCCCCACCCGUAGCUGCACCCGUAGCUGCACCCGUAGCUGCACCCGUCGCCGCGCCUGUUACCCCUGCCGGGGGCGCCACCGCCGCAUUCGUGGGGGUAGAGUCCGGUGCCGCCAUCCUGGCCGAUCAAAUCGGGGGCUCACCACUCACGAGUGCUGAAGAGGCGGCCACUAGUGACACGAGCGCUUCUAUCGAGUUCGCGGCUACGUCCAGCGAGGCUGCCGCGUACGAGAUGUACUUCCCCGCACCUGCGGCCGUCACGGGCCCGUUCACGAUCACCAUCACUGCACAGCUGGGCGCCGGCGCCGUCGCCAGCGACUGGAAAGUUGACAUGUACUCGUUCUUGCCUGUAGACAGCGACGCCUACUUCGAGGUCGGCGAUCUCACCGGUGUGACGUCUGGAUCUUGGUCGACCAUUACCCUUACCUUCGAUCCCGCGACCCCUUCCAACUUUUUGUUGCCGAGCGCCAUCGAGUACCUGGUCCAGCUGAGGACCGAGAGUGCCGGUGCCCAGUCCAUCUACGUGGACCAGAUCGUCGUCUCUGACGGAGCACAAGGGCCGUCCCCUACCCCAGUGACACCUCAACCCGUUGCUGGACCGACUACGCCGCCUGUCACGGCUCCACCCGUCGCUGGGCCGACUACGCCUCCUGUGACAGCUCCGCCUGUGACAGCACCGACUGCUCCGCCUGUAGCUGCCCCCACGGACGGGGCCACCGCCGCGUUCGUGGAGGUUGUGAGUGGUGCCGCCAUCCUGGCCGAUCAGAUCUCGGGCGGACCACUCGCGGUUGCCGACCAGGGGGCCACCAGCGACACGGACACCUCUAUCGAGUUCGCGGCUACGUCCGGCGAGGCUGCGACGUACGAGAUGUACUUCCCCGCACCUACGGCCGUCACGGGCCCGUUCACGAUCACCAUCACGGCACAGCUUGGCGCCGGCGCCGUCGCCAGCGACUGGAAGGUCGACAUGUACUCGUUCUUGCCCGUAGACAGCGACGCCUACUUCGAGGUCGGCGAUCUCACCGGUGUGACAUCUGGAUCUUGGUCAACCAUCAACCUGACCUUUAAUCCCACGACUCCGGCGAACUUUUUGUUGCCAAGCGCCAUCGAGUACCUGGUCCAGCUGAGGACCGAGAGUGCUGGUGCCCAGUCUAUCUACGUGGACCAGAUCGUGGUCUCUGACGGAGCGCAAGGGCCGUCCCCUGCCCCAGUGACAGCUCAACCUGUAGCUGGACCGACCGCUCCGCCUGUGACGGCUCCGCCCGUUGCUGGACCGACCGCGCCUCCUACAGUUGCCCCUACCGUCGCUCCUACAGUUGCCCCCACGGUUGCCCCCACCGCGCCGCCGACCCCCGGUCCCGUCCAAGUGGACAUGGUCCCCUGCAUCUUGGCCUCGGAGUCGGUGGAGAAGGACGUGGGUCCCGUGGCUUCGGCGUACCUGUUCAACGAAUUCUACAAGGGCUUCUGGACCGCCACUCAGAACGUCCAAGCACCCCCUGCCGCCGUGCUGGACCUCGUUGAAGCUUUGGAUGCGGACCACGGCAAGUGCAACGUCGUCUACGUCGGCAUCGUUCCCUCUGCCGCCCAGAAGCAGCAGCUCCAAGACUACUCCCGCAAGUUCAACGUCCGCAUCGUUUACUUCGACGCCGCCGACACCAUCCUCGACACGGAAGUCCAAGCUAGGCUGGGCAUGCAAUCCAACUUCGACCAACCUUUCGUGGGCGCGCCCAGGGUCAAGCGGACAGGCGGGUCGGCAGACAGCAUCGCCCCCGCGGACAUGCUGACUGACCCCAGCCAAAACAACCUGUUCAACAGACCGGUCGUUACCACGGUAGACACUCUCCCGGCCGGCGUCAGCAUCAUGGCACAGUACGCGGACGAAAAUGGUGACGUCAUUGCUGGCGUGCUUGCGGGCGUCACUAACCCCGAGAGCGCUGCCAUCGUCGAGUACAUCGGCACCGACGGUCUGGAAGAGAUGCACGUGUUCGUCAGUCUGGCUUGGUUCGACACAGGAUCAUGGGCGUGGGGGCACUUCAUCUCCGAGUGGGGUACCCGGGGCAUCUUCCAGGGCGAGCGCCGCUUCUACCUAGGAGGUGUCGUCGAUGAUCUGUUCCUCUCAACAGGUGUCUGGAUUUACGACCCUCCAUCCUUCUUCGGGCCGGAGGAGAGACUUUCGGGAGCCGACCUCCAGAAGUUCCAGAACUCGGAAGCGGCAUUCAACACCGCGUACGGAGCGUCGGUGAAGACAGAGCACGCCUUCAACGGGCUCGGUGUCCUCGACAAGGUGGGGUCUACGCGGAGGAGCUGGGUGGGUGCCGACGCCGACAUCGGCCUGCUGCCCAAGGGUGACCCGCCGAACCCCAGCACAGGUAUCCCCCAAAUCAGCGACCCCAACUGGCUGAGCACCCAGUUCAACCCGGCGGAUGGAGAGCUGGGGAUGCAGGACGACUACGACGCCGGGCUGUUCGAUUCCGACGACCUGCUUGCCCGCGUCCAAGCCGACCUCGACGCAUUCUUUUGGCAGAGCCACACCAUGACCCACCUCGCCCGCGACAACCUUGGCAAGAACGACUGUGACAUCGAGGACGGAGGCAACGUACGGAUGGCUAUAAUGUUCGGCAUGUUCGACAACGACAACUACAACUGGCGCAGCAUGACGAGUCCGGGUAUCACGGGGCUGUUCAACCCCAACUGCCUCCAGUCCGGCGACGAGAACCUCAUGAAGUGCUACCCCGGGGACAACACCUACAGCGGACCCCCCCUGACGGACGUGUUCCUGAUCAACGAGAACAACCAGUUCCACUCCCUCACCACCACGGUCGGCACGAAUGGUUACGCUGGAAUGCAGAUCGUCCCUCGCUUUGCGACGAACGUGUACUACAACUGUGUCACGGGCCAGUGCCUCAUCGACGAGAACGAGAAGAUCCGUCGUGACGUGUGCGGCUGCACCGACCUCAACCCAGCCAACCCUCAGGGAACCUGCUCCGCUUGCCCCUCAGGCACCCAGAGCUUCAACGAUAUUGCCUCUUCCGACCCGUCGAUCGGACCGCUCGAAGCUCUCUUCCAGACGGAGGAGCGAACUACUACCCGCUACAUCCUCACCGGACGCAGAGACAAGUACAUGUUCCACCAAGCGAACGUGAUCAGCACGACUUGGACCACCGACACGUCGGACCCGAUGUACGUCAGCCCCAGGCCCACCAACAACCCUUCUCUCCUCGAGUACUGGUACAUCCGCGUCCUUGCUGAGAUGGCCAGGUUCAUCAACACGGGUUCCUUCCCCAUCCAGACUCUCAAGUUCGACAACCUGUGCCACAACUUCUACCAGCACGAGGACCUGGACAGCUCGGGUGCCGUUCUUACGGCCACCAAGGACCCUUCCGGUGCCAUCACCGGCUUCUCCCUCGAGACUUCUUCCAACAACGGCGCUCCCAUCCCGUUGACGGUCCCCACAGCUAGCGCCGCGGAGAUCGAUCUGAUCUUGGCCGCGGGCACCCUGUCAGCCUCUGCGACCGAAACCUACGGCGCCGACACCACCUACACCUUCGCAGCAGGCACGCUCAACACCGGCACCCUCUCCAAGCCCGACGUCAGCGAGCUCCCGACCAUCCCUCAGGCAACCCUCACUCCGGCUGAACAGGAAGUCGUUGAGGAAGCGGCGGAGGCGGAACUUGAAGAAGAGAUCUCAUCCAUCGUCGAUGUUGCGGAGGAUGCCCGGGAGGACAUCGAAGAGGAGGCCGGCAACCAAGGCUUCGUCGUGGAGGACUUGGCCGGAGAAAUCCUCGUUGAUCCUGUCGAAUCGGCUGCCGAAACUCCCUAGAAGCUCAAUUCGUGGAAGCAGUGCGCGUGAUGCGCCUUACAUAGACUACAGUAGGCUAGUCGAUCGAAGGGUGGUCUUUGUUUUUAUCAACUGCUGUUGUAGCUAAUUUUAGCCUUCUUUUGGCGAGAACGGAUAUGGUGUAGAUCCCGCCACGUACAUGUACUCUAGUGUGGUUGAAGAAGUGGUGUAUGGUAGGUGUGUGGUUGUAGAAGUGGCUCUUGCGUUUGGAACGAGAAACGGUGUACGUUGGUGAUGGAGGAGUGCCUGUUGCCCACUACAGUAGUUGGCAGAGGGGCCGGACAACUUCUUCUUUGUUGGUGGACUUACUUCAUCACGAUGCACGAUCAAGGACACCGUGAUGGCAUCCGCACGUCUACCCAAGUGCACUAGACUAUACUACUUAUUUCCCGUAUUUAUCCAAUCUGGACAUGAUUGAUCUUGUAGCUCUUCUUCGCGAUAGUGUCGUGUGGUAUUAUUUCAUGCUGUUCGUGUAGUAUACUGUAGUCGAGGCUGAUAGGAGUUAGCAGGUCAUAAAUUGUCGUGAUUCCGUCGUCAAAUCGACAACUACAACUCCCUAGAAUCAUCUCUUGUGUGCAAGCAGUGUUCGCGAUGUUUCAUUUCUGUAUUCGCGGUGUUACUCAAUUUCAUGUAGGGUAGUGCGUUCCGAGAAGGGCGCGCUCUAUGUGACAAUGUAGUCUACAGUAGUAGCUUUCUGUGGCGAGGACGGAUGUAAGUUCCACCACUCUCUCUUUGUAUGUAUGACUGCAUGUCUAGAAUC